UUGACCAUAUUCGAUCCGAUCCGCCGUAUUCUGACGACGUUGGACGCGAUCUAGACAUUUUUUUCGUUGUCUGCCUCAGGUUCUUGCCAGAUCUAUUGACCCGACCCCUCCGCUGUCAACUUAAGCAAAAGAAAAAAAAAAUGGUUUUGAGCGGAGGUCCCCCAAGAGGAAGUGCAGCUGCUGCUGCAAGCUUGCGUAGAAGGAGGACAACCAGUGGCGGGGCAUCGGGAGGAGCAGCUGGGACAAUGCUUCAGUUCUACACAGAUGACGCCCCGGGACUCAAAAUCUCUCCAAAUGUUGUACUUGUCAUGAGUAUUGGUUUCAUUGCUUUUGUUGCCAUACUUCAUGUCAUGGGUAAACUAUACUUUGUUCGCAGAGAGGCUUGAAGGCCUGAAGGAUAGGAAGAACAUCUCCAUUGUCAUGAGUUUUUUUAGUUUCUUACCGAAAGGAGACUUUUGGUUCGGUUUUACCUCCAUUUUUACAUUUAGAACUUUCUUCUUACAGUGCUUAACCGCAUAUGAAGCCUAUAUUUUACAUUGACUUGCAUUUUUCUCCAGUCGGAUGGUUGUUAAUCUAUUGCUUUCAUUUUUAUUUAAAGAUAUUUUUGCUAGCGAAA